UAAGUCCCGUGUUUAUGUAUUGCCAAAGAGGAUUGCAACACAUUUGCAGGCUUGUAAACACUACCGCUACCAGACCCUUCUUGGCCAAACGUACGAAAAAAGCGAUUUGAGGGGGUCCUCAACCAAACAUAACAUCUCUACAUCUCUUCCAGAUAACAAGGAAAGUGUUUGAGAAUGCAACGAUUUUACUCGAUGUUUCCCAGACGUCCUGAUAGGGAAGGACUGGUCUCCGCUCGGAGUUACGAUGCACCACCCGCAUAUAGUGAGGUGGUUCCAAGUGCCCCACCACUGCAAUACUUCAAUACGACGCAGGGUGGCGUACCAACCUACCCUGGGUCACCACCACCACACGCAGGUACUAUCACCUACCCGCACGGGACCGGCCAACAGUAUGCACCACCAUACCCUGCGGGGAACCCCAAAGUGAUCGUGCUGAGAGAUGACGACCACGUGGAGAGACCCAUGGCGACGUACUGCCGCAGCUGCAGACAGAACGUCAUGUCCCGGGUGUCGUACCGAGAGGGAGGGCUGAACGAGGGCCUUCUCUGUCUCACGUCUGUGCUGGGAUGUUUUUUCUGGCCAAUCUGCUUGCUGCUGCCCUUCUGCUUGUUGUGUGACAAAGAAAGUAAGGCUAUACACCACUGCCCAGUGUGUUACUCCAAGCUAGCUGAGUAUGAACUGUGACCGCAUUAUGUAGUGAAUUGGAACUGAUGGCUAAAACAUAUAACUGUUUGUGUGACAGAUAGAAUCUGCUCAAGUCCCCUUUUCACUGAACAGAGAUCAUUGAGCGACUAGAUUUGGUUCAGUGAGUUGUCCUAGAUUUUAUAAAAGAAAACGAAAGACAGAAAAUGUUAGCCUGGGUGCCACCCGAUUUGUAACGGCAACCCCGAUUUUUCGGGGUUGCCGUUGAGUGAAUCCAGGCUGUUGAGUGACCUGUCAAAUUUAGGGUUACUCAUCGGUUGCAGUCUCUAAACAUGAUUUAAAAAAAAAA